AUGUAUAAAAUGGAGUAUUCUUACCUAAAUUCCUCUGCCUACGAGUCAUGUAUGGCCGGGAUGGACACGUCGAGCUUGGCAUCGGCCUACGCGGACUUCAGUUCGUGCAGUCAGACCAGUGGCUUCCAGUAUAAUCCCAUCAGGACCACUUUCGGGGCCACCUCCGGCUGUCCUUCCCUAACGCCGGGGUCCUGCAGUCUGGGGACCCUGCGGGACCACCAGAGCAGCCCGUACGCCGCAGUCCCCUACAAACUCUUCACCGACCACGGCGGGCUGAACGAAAAGAGGAAGCAGAGGCGCAUUCGGACUACGUUCACCAGCGCGCAGCUGAAGGAGCUGGAGCGGGUUUUCGCAGAAACGCACUACCCGGACAUCUACACCAGAGAGGAGCUGGCACUCAAGAUUGAUCUGACUGAAGCCAGAGUGCAGGUGUGGUUCCAAAAUCGUCGCGCCAAAUUCCGCAAGCAGGAGCGCGCAGCCGCCGCCGCCGCAGCGGCUGCCAAGUCCAGUUCCGGGAAGAAAUCAGACUCCAGAGACGAAGACAGUAAAGACACCAAAACCACUGACCCAGACAGCACGGGAGGACCAGGGCCGAACCCGGUCCCCACUUCCAACUGCGGCGGACCGAGCCCCACCACAGGUCAGGUCAACACCACCGGGAACGGACAGGUGGACCAAGUGAAGACCUCCGUGUCCAGCGGUAUGGGCGUGACGGCACCGAGCCAAGGCUGGGCCACUGCACCCGGGACCAUCACAUCCAUCCCGGACUCUUUGGGCGGGCCCUUCGCCAGCGUACUGUCGUCUUUGCAAAGACAGAACGGAGCUAAAGCGACAUUAGUAAAGACCAGCAUGUUCUAAUGAAGCUUAGAAAACCCAAGCCGAGUUUUCUGGAGACUGAAAAAGCAAUCGCCCAACACAGACUGGAGGACAAUAAAAAGCAGUUAGAAAAGACAGACGAAUAUGGUAAUUUUAUUUUUACCUUGCGCUUUUCCUUGUGGUCAACAAUUUCCCUGUAAAAUAUUCAUCUUGACAAGUCACAUUUUCUCAUUUCCAUCACAAGACUGAGACUAAAGCGUGCUGGAUGAACUAUUACCAUCUACUCCAUGUCAAGUCUCAGAGCUUAAAAAGCAGCGAAAGAGACAAUUUCCUCUCUCUUAAAACCUAGAAAGGCAUCAUACCUCAAUUUAAUUUAGCUUUAGGAAAAAAAAAAUGUUGAAGCAAACGACUUGUUCAGAUGUUUAUUUUUGACUUUUACGAGGAAAGAAGAAAGCUCUUCGCAGUGGAAACGCGCGGUGCCACCAGUGAGCGAAGGAGCCUCGUUAAGUGACGCUCAGAGUCAGAGUUCAACAGCCGCUUUUGUUGGGUACAGAGGCGCCUGAUAUCCAUGACUGAGCAUGCUCUGACAACAACCAUCCACCGACGCGCUUUUUUUGUUCUCUCUAUACACAACCUGCUGCGUGGAAGCUGCGUCUUUUUGUUUCUUAGGGCUGCAGAGAGUUUAGUUUCUUUAAAUUGUCGCUAUAAACACACUUAUUUCCUCGAUAUUAAAAAAGGCACAAACUACUGCAAUGUUCACCUCAGACAGGAAAUCUGUAUGUUUUGUGUGUCUUUCUACGGCAGUGUUUUUGUGGCUCAAAUUGUAUAGUGUUACUACGUAUUCUUGUCUCUUAUAGUUGAACCAUAGGCCAUAUUCCCUCGUAGAUCGACCAUACAAGUCUUUUCGAUGUUUUACUAAAAGUCCCUCGGAAGAAUUUAUUUUGGGUAUUGAAAACGGGGGGAUGGAUGCAGACAUUGUAUUUAUUUCUAUAUAAUUUGCAUGUUGUCUUUUUGUCCGAUUUUCAAAUAAUUUCUCUCCCAUUUUGUGAGCAUUAUGUAACAUGUUUUUUUUUUUUUUUUUUUUGUCCAGGAUCUGAAAGUUAUUUAUAUGUAGGUAAUGAAUGCUUAUAUUUAAGAAGGAAAUAUUUCUACAUGUGCACAUAGUUUUCAAGGUGUACCAUUGAAAUGAUUGUUGAUGAUAAAAAAAAAAUAGUCCAAG